AUGACAUCGCUACGACACCGAGUCAACACUAUACCAGUGCGGCCGAUCAACAACAAAGAAGUGGAGGUCAUGGAUUUGGAGAGCAUUAUCGCAGAAUUCGUCGACCCAGACAUGCUCCACCACUUCAACGACUCGACUCCCGAUCAAGAUCUAGCACAGUUCUUUGACCUUCCUUCGUCGAAUGAGAGUGAGCCAUUCGACAUAGUGCCUAUACCCGAUUGGAACACACACGCUACUUGGCACAAGGCUCUCGAUGACAGCCAACAAAACCCACUUUCAGCCCGAUGCGAUGAUUCCACCUCAUCUAUCUACCUGAGUUCGUCUACCGGGAAAGAGUCUCAUAGCGAUUCGGAGUUGUUGAGUUUCGACGACAUCUUCGAGGCUCCCAGAAACCAAUUGAGGUCCAUUUCUCAGCCUUCCACACCACGACCGCACACAUCUACACGAUCUGCCAAGAAGACUGUUUCUUUCCACUGCCAAAAUACAACCCGGGCAGUUACAAAACUACCUAAGAAGUCGCCUACGGCAUCUUUCGCAAAGAUGAUGCAGCCAUCAUAUCACCGCUCUCCCAUCCCAGACAUGUGGACGAAAAAGGCAGAAAGCACAACCGGAUCCUUCCAACGCUGCUCAUCGCAAGAAUUGGGUUCGCCACCUCUUUCCUCCAAAGUCGUCCAACAAGAGAGCAGCAAUGAUUUCUGUGCUCCGUAUUCGCAGCCGCCAGUUUACACCCACACUCGCUCACCUCUCCCCCACGACGAACCCGAUUUCUCAAACUACCAGUUGACACCAUCGGCAUCCCCGGCAAUUGGUAUUUCCAACGGCACUCACAACGACCAGAGCUUCCGCGGUAACAUGGGCUCAGUAUUGAGCUCUUCGUCAGCGUCAAGUGCGGCUCUUUCAGCCUUGCAAACCCCGCCCUCAUCUCUUCCUUUGCCCAUGACAAUAUGGGGUCCGGAAACUUCGCCAGGCUUAGACUUCAGCUUCUCAGCCUCGCCCGAAUUUUCCAACGAUACCAAGACAGCUGGAUGGUGGGAUGACCAGAUCGCUACGUCGCAGCCUUGCUCGAUGAGCGUUCACGAAGGCAACUCCCGUUGCACAAGCCAGAACAUGGGUCUAGGUAUCACAUGUGAUUCGUCGUUUGAUUUCAACAUAAAUGACAGUGGUCUUCCUGCCCUCGAAAUGCCCACCUUCGGAUACCCCACGUUUUCCCAUGCCCCCCAACAACAGGUAGAUCAGAUGAUCCCAAUUGGCCGCCCAAUCUCUCGCUCCCCAUCACCAAACACGCAGCCACGCUUCCACCGCCGGCGCCCAUCAACAAACUCGCACCCCCACCACCGCACUAGCUCAUCUUCGCAACGCCGCAAAUCCAGCAACGGGUCUACUCACUCUUCGCGCCAGAUGAGCGGUACAGCGAGCGAUGGCUUUGUGAAUUUCACACCAGACGAUAGCAGGAAGAUUCUUACCGGUGUGGCGCCGAGCGGGUCCAGCAAAACAAAGGCAAGAAGGGAAAAGGAGGCUGCUGAUAAGCGGCGCAAGAUUAGUCAGGCGGCCAUGAAGGCCGUGAUUGAGGCUGGCGGAGAUAUUGAUAGUCUUCGGAGGUUGGAGAGAGAGGCCUUUCUCGCUAUGGAAGGAUGA